GUAGGAGAAUUGCAUGAACCCAGGAGACAGAGGUUGCAGUGAGCCAGGAUCAUGCCACUGCACUCCACCUUGGGGGACAGAGGAAGACUCCAUCUCAAAAAAAAAAGCAAAAAAAAAAAAAAAAGGCCGGGUGCGGUGGCUAACGCCUGUAAUCCCAGCACUUUGGGAGGCCGAGGUGGGCAGAAAUUGAGGACACUGGGGUGUUAAGUAAUAUAUCCAAGGUUAUAUGGGUAGUAAGUGGUAGAGCUGUUAUUGAUUUAGGUCCUCUGGGGCUUUUCAUUUUAAAUACCUCAGAAUAAAAUGAAAAUAUUGCCUAACCUGUGGCACCCACACCACCAUCAUGACAUCCAGGCACAUACCAGGACAGUGUGUGAGUGAUGGGGGGUGCAGCUCCUGUGCAGUUUUCUUUUCCAGCCCUUCCCUUCUCUGUACGUGCUCCGAGUUGACCCAGUGAUUGUGAUUGGGGAAGAAGUGGAGGAAGCCGUUGAGCAGGAAAAUGGGGCUGUGAGCUGAGGAAAAAUAGUAAACCCAGGCUGUGCUCUUCAAAAGCUCCCACUCACAGGGGAGAUGGCAUGCCGGAAUCAACUGAAAAUGAUGUCAAAGCAGUUGGACAUGUUCAAGACCAACCUGGAGGAAUUUGCCAGCAAACACAAGCAGGAGAUCCGGAAGAAUCCUGAGUUCCGUGUGCAGUUCCAGGACAUGUGUGCAACCAUUGGCGUGGAUCCGCUGGCCUCUGGAAAAGGAUUUUGGUCUGAGAUGCUGGGCGUGGGGGACUUCUAUUACGAACUAGGUGUCCAAAUUAUCGAAGUGUGCCUGGCGCUGAAGCAUCGGAAUGGAGGUCUGAUAACUUUGGAGGAACUACAUCAACAGGUGUUGAAGGGAAGGGGCAAGUUCGCCCAGGAUGUCAGUCAAGAUGACCUGAUCAGAGCCAUCAAGAAACUAAAGGCACUUGGCACUGGCUUCGGCAUCAUCCCUGUGGGCGGCACUUACCUCAUUCAGUCUGUUCCAGCUGAGCUCAAUAUGGAUCACACCGUGGUGCUACAGCUGGCAGAGAAGAAUGGCUACGUGACUGUCAGUGAGAUCAAAGCCAGUCUUAAAUGGGAGACCGAGCGAGCGCGGCAAGUGCUGGAACACCUGCUGAAGGAAGGGUUGGCGUGGCUGGACUUACAGGCCCCAGGGGAGGCCCACUACUGGCUGCCAGCUCUCUUCACUGACCUCUACUCCCAGGAGAUUACAGCUGAGGAGGCCAGAGAAGCCCUCCCCUGACUGCGUGUGGAAGGGCACACAGCAGCAGGCAGGGAGGAGGAGGAGGAGGUGGCAAAUAAACCUGGGCAAUUUUGUUUAUAAAAAAAAUAGAAAAAAAGUUCCAAGUU